GUAAACACCGCGAAUUUUAAAGAUUAAAGAAGAUGCCACAGUAUUGUAGUGUUCCUGGAUGUACGAAUUCUGGUGGUCAUAAGUUUCCUGAAGAAAGAGAAUUGCAACUUAGAUGGAGAGUGGCUAUUAAAAGAAGAGACUCUACCACAAAAGGUCUCUGGAAGCCAGGGAAACAUGACGUUGUUUGUACCGCCCAUUUCAAGGAGGCUGACUACAGAGUUUCUGGACUAUUAGGGUCACGUAAGCGGCUUCUUCCAGAUGCUGUCCCUUCAUUGUUCUUGUUCAUGGAAAGCUCUACACCCAGAUCAUCCAAAUACAGUAGACGAGAUGAUGUGGACUUAAGCGUGGUCAAUAAUGUACAGCUUGAAGUUGAGGUUGGUAACAAGGCGGAGGUCAAAGAAGAAUCUGAUGACUUAGAUGGUAUUGAGACUAUGCAACAGGAAAUGGGAGUACACUGUACCUUACUUGGAAGAUUUGGUAUUGAUAAUUUGGAGAAUGAUCCAAAACGUGUCCAAUAUUAUACUUUAUUCAGGGACUACGAGUAUUUUAUGUUGUUUUUAAUUGUUUAG